AUGGGAACAGGUGAUCGCCUGCUGGACAUACCGUGUAAGGUCUGUGGUGACCGUAGUUCUGGCAAACAUUAUGGCAUCUAUAGUUGUGAUGGCUGUUCCGGUUUCUUCAAACGCAGCAUACAUCGCAAUCGCAUUUACACCUGCAAGGCGACCGGUGAUCUGAAGGGUCGCUGUCCCGUCGACAAAACCCAUCGCAAUCAGUGUCGUGCCUGCCGGCUGGCGAAAUGUUUUCAAUCGGCUAUGAAUAAAGAUGCCGUUCAACAUGAGCGCGGUCCACGCAAGCCGAAAUUGCAUCCACAGCUGCAUCAUCACCAUCAUCCCCAUCACCCGCACCAUCCACACCAUCAUCAUCACCAUCACAACGGCUUGCCGCAUCACCAUCCCGGCCACCAUCUGCCCGUCUCGCUGGUCACUAACGUGUCGGCCUCCUUCAAUUACACCUCGCACAUAUCCACCCACCCUGUACAGGGUUUCCAACCACCAGUCGCACAUCCGACCGCCUUCCAUCAUCCCGGACAUGCGCUGGCGCAGCAUAGCGCUUUACAAAAUGGCGCCGUCGCCACGUUACCACCACAUCCACAGCUACACUUUCCUCCGCAUCUCUUACCGCACAUGCAUCACAAUCUCAUUGCGGAGGCGACCAGUAAGUUGCCAAGCAUCUCAGCAACAGCGACGGCUACAACUGCUGCGACAAUUGUGGGCGCUGUAAAUGCUGCCGCUGCAGUGCAUUCAACAGCUACAACGUCUAAACAUAUGCCGCUGUCAUUGACCACCAACGGCGCCAGCAAUAAUAUGCCCACUUAUGACUUGACAAAUAGUGGUGGUGGCGGUGGCGGUGGCUCGUCAGGUGGGGCAAGCAUCGGCGCUGCCAGCACUACCAGCCUGGAGUUCUAUGCAAAGUCAACGCUGACUGCGCACAAUUACUCCUCGCCCUCGCCAACGCCCUCCAUACAGUCCAUCUCGAGUAUCGGCGGUCGCAGUUCGUUGGGCAGUGAGAGUCCGCGUGUGAAUGUAGAGACGGAAACCCCAUCAGCCACGCCGCCGCUAUCGACUAGCGCCUCGCCAGUGCCCUCGUUGACAGAUACCAAUGUUACUGGCGGUCCAACAUCGCCGAUUAUAAUUAUUAAUGGCAAUAGCAAUAACAACAAUAGCGAUGCGUCGGACAACAACAAUGAUAGUAGCGUAAACAAUCGACAUUCCAAGGCGGGUAGUGGUGGUGGCAGCAGUUUGACAGCCAGUAGCGGCACUCCAUCGCGUUCGACACCACUCUCCAGUCAUUCCCCACCAGCGCAACUCGGUGGCGCGUGUGCCUCGAGCAGUUCAAGUUCGUCGGCUGCUGCUGCAGCUUUGUAUGCAGCGCGACAAAAUGGCUUCCUGGAACUGUUACUCAGGCCGGACAAGUGUCAGGAGAUCAUACAGUAUCAGGUGCACAAUUCGUUGCUCUUUCCGGCUUUGCCACAACAACUGAUCGGUGUCGAUUCGCGCUUGCUCUCAUGGGAGAUGCUACAGGAGACAACAGCUCGCUUACUCUUCAUGGCUGUGCGUUGGGUUAAGUGCUUGAUGCCCUUCCAGACGCUCUCGAAGAACGAUCAAGAAUUGCUGCUGCAGGAAUCCUGGAAGGAGCUCUUCCUCCUCAACCUCGCACAAUGGACCAUUCCCCUCGAUCUCACGCCCAUACUCGAAUCACCGCUCAUCAAAGAACGCGUACUACAAGACGAAGCAACACAAGUCGAAAUGAAGACCAUACAAGAAAUACUCUGUCGCUUUCGACAAAUCGCGCCGGACGGCAGUGAGGUGGGCUGCAUGAAGGCCAUAGCACUCUUUGCGCCCGAAACAGCAGGCCUCUGCGAUGUACAACCCGUCGAGAUGUUGCAAGAUCAAGCACAGUGCAUACUCUCCGAUCAUGUGCGUCUGGAGUAUCCACGACAAGCGACACGCUUCGGACGUCUGCUGCUGUUGCUGCCCUCCUUGCGUACCAUACGCGCAGCGACCAUUGAGGCGCUCUUCUUCAAGGAGACCAUUGGCAAUGUGCCCAUUGCACGACUGCUGAGGGAUAUGUACGUAAUGGAACCGGCGGCGCAAACGUUGGUGAAGUAA